AUGUUGCAAAUCCGUAAUCCUAUCUUCGCAAUCCGAUUUGCGGGAGGGGGAGGAGUUGCUCCUAGGUCUGAACCCCGCCAGCCUUGCCCCAGAGGAAGCUGGAGUGCGGGCCUCGUCCACCCACAGACCCCGGGGAGCGCAGGGAAAAGGGUGCUUCGGUCGUUCCGAUGGAGAGUGGAGACCAAGGCCCACACUCACCUCUCUGCGUCUCCACCGCAGGGCUCUCCCUACGACCACACACCCGGCAUGGCGGGCUCCUUGGGGUACCAUCCCUACGCGGCGCCCCUGGGCUCGUACCCUUACGGGGAUCCAGCGUACCGGAAGAACGCCACAAGGGACGCCACGGCUACGCUCAAGGCCUGGCUCAACGAGCAUCGCAAGAACCCCUACCCCACCAAGGGCGAGAAGAUCAUGCUGGCCAUCAUCACCAAGAUGACCCUCACCCAGGUGUCCACCUGGUUCGCCAACGCGCGCCGGCGCCUCAAGAAAGAGAAUAAAAUGACGUGGACGCCGCGGAACCGCAGCGAGGACGAAGAAGAGGAGGAGAACAUUGACCUGGAGAAGAACGACGAGGACGAGCCCCAGAAGCCCGAGGACAAGGGCGACCCCGAGGGCCCCGAAACAGGAGGAGCUGAGCAGAAGGCGGCGUCGGGCUGCGAACGGCUUCAGGGACCACCCACCCCUGCCAGCAAGGAGACCGAGGGCAGCCUCAGCGACUCGGAUUUUAAGGAGCCGCCCUCGGAGGGCCGCCUCGACGCAGUUCGAGUGCUUCCGUGGCUUGUGGCGGCGGGAGGUGGAGAGGAGAGGAGAGGGUCUGUUUUGUAUUCUAACUGUGUGGCCGUCGUGGGCAAGGGCUCUGCCUCUGACUCAGUUGUGUGUGUUUGCCUCGCCAGCGCCUCGCUGAACAAACAGUGGUUGGGUUGGGCACUGCUCUGCCCAGUGUUUGCAGUGGAGCGUGGGCGGGAACCAGUGUCUUUUCCCUCGCCGUCCGGCGGCGUGUCGGUAGAAGGAAGGCUAGCCGGAGACGUGCAGACGUCUGAGGCCUGUCUCUCGCCCACCUGCUGCUGCCGGCGCAGAGGGGCAGUCAUCCCGGACUUCCUGCGCCCUGGGCGCGGGCCAUCCAUCGGCUCUCCCAGAGACUUUUAUUCCGGAUCUCCAGCUGGCUCUCGGCCUCCCUGGCUUGGGGAAGACGCCAGAGAGCGGAGAGCGCAGAGCGUUCGCCGGCGCACAGUCCGCGGCCUUGUUCCCUUUGUGCUUCGGAGCGGCGGGACCCGCUGCAGGGCCGGCCGUGCGGCGGGACUGCCACUCCGCCCCAAGUUAGCAGAAGAGGAAAGUUGGAAGAGAUCGGCGCUCCUGGGAUGUGAUUGUCAUCCUGGGGCCGGCGCUCGAGAAUCGCGCUCGCCCUCGGCGCAGUGUCCUUUUCCAGGCGGGACGGUGCUGUCCCGGCCUCUCUACUACACCGCGCCCUUCUAUCCCGGCUACACGAACUAUGGCUCCUUCGGACACCUUCAUGGCCACCCAGGGCCCGGGCCAGGGCCCACAACCGGUCCGGGGUCUCAUUUCAAUGGAUUAAACCAGACCGUGUUGAACCGAGCGGACGCUUUGGCUAAAGACCCGAAAAUGUUGCGGAGCCAGUCUCAGCUAGACCUGUGCAAAGACUCUCCCUAUGAAUUGAAGAAAGGUAUGUCCGACAUUUAACGCGGGCUGCGUCGGUCCCGGACUUUUCUAAUUUAUUAAAAACAUGGCCUUGGCAGUUAUUUUUCCAUCACUGAGAAAGAGAGAAAAAAAAAUAAACUACCCCUCCUAUUCAAAAGUUUAUAGUUUAUGGAGAUGGAUGGCAUAAAAAUGUAAACAUCUCCACACACACACACAAAAGUCUUAACCAACCGAAAAGAAAAAUUAAAAAAGGAUUUGUAUUAAAUCUUAUUCUGUAUAUUUAAUGUAGCAUUUUUGUAUUUAAAUUGAUAAUUCAUUAUCUUUGAAGUAAAUUAUGAAAUCAAGACACCUGUACAGGCAUUUAAUGUUUUUUUGUAAUAUAAAUAUAUACAUUUGUGUUUCCCCAAAACUGUUUCAUAGUUUAAAAAUACAAGUUUAAUUUAAUUUUUUACACCUAUUGAUUCUGCUGGGUAUGAGCUAAAGUAUUAUUACAGAAAGGAAACAGGUUAUACUCUUAGAUUUAAAAAGUGAAAGAAACUGCAGGCGCCUUUGUAAAAUGCAAAAUAUUUAAUUAAAAGAGAUUUUAACAUAAUGAGAGCCACUCAUUACUUUUUAGAAGCCUCAAUAAACUGUCCAUUGCCUUGGUCAAAA